AGGAAGCUCUGUGCGGGGCUGAGGCACUCUGGACAUGCUCAGAGGCUCGGUGGAAGCGUGUGGGCGCCCCCUCCCCUUGCCUACGUCCUUGUCGAGGGCGGGGGGGCGGCAGUGACGCUGCUGCCUGUGCCUUUGCCAGCCCCCUUCCCUUGCGUUUCUUCCUUCCUUCCUUCCUUCCUUCCUCCCCAAUCUGGGUCUUUCUUUCUCUCUUUCAUUCUUUCUUUCUUUCUCUCAAUCUCUCUCUCCGCCCCCGGAUCGAAAGGGAGGAAGGCGAGGAGGGCGGCGCCAGGGCCGCAGGGAGCGUCGGCGUCCGGCCGCGGAGGAGCUCGGACCCGCGUGGGAACGGGCAUGUCAAGAGUGCCUUCCCGUUCUCUCCAGCCCAGGUAUGGGUGGAACCCGCUUCGAAUCCCAGGAAGAGGAAGAAACCGAAAGGCGGCCGUAGAGAGCCCACUUGUGUGCAUGCAUGUAUAUAGGCGCUUCCCAUUUUGCGCCAUAUUUCCUGUGCUCGGCAGGAAAUCGGUCGCUGGGUCGGCGUCGGCAGGACAAUUUGGACCUUUCCUUUGACCGGGUGUGGAAAAAUGCCGAAACCCACUCGAGGUGUGAGAAACGGCCGUUGAGGAUAUCCCGCUCUCUUUUCCACCCACACAAAGGAAUUGGUUCCUGGAUGUUUUCUACAUGCCGAGAGACCCGGGUUCGGUCUGCUGACGGUCUUCAUUAGUCUUCAUCGCUGCGGUGCCGGAAGUCGAAUCACCGCCCUAUAAAGUCCUUCUCCAUGGGAGGAGCACAGACCCCUUCCGCCAAAGAGACUCCAGACCGUUCGUUCCCAAGGACUUGACUGGCCACGAGGACUGGAAGGCGGAGUGGUGUUUCCAAGGAGUGGAAGCAGAGCGUUGUUUCUCGCCGAUCGGAAGCGAGGUGUUGAUUCCGCCGAUCAGAAGCAGAGCGUCAUUUCUACCCAUUGGAAACAAGGUGUCGGAAGUGAGGUGUCGAUUCUGCCGAUCAGAAGUGGAGUGUCAUUUCUUUCUACCAAUUGGAAACAAGGUGUCGAUUCCACCGAUCAGAAGUGAGGUGUCGAUUCUGCCGAUCAGAAGUGGAGUGUCAUUUCUUUCUACCAAUUGGAAACAAGGUGUCGAUUCCACUGAUCAGAAGUGAGGUGUCGAUUCUGCCGAUCAGAAGCGGAGCGUCAUUUCUACAAAUCAGAAAGAAGGUGUCGAUUCCGCCAAUCAGAAGCAGUGUCAUUUCUACCAAUUGGAAGCAAGGUGUCGAUUCCACCCAUCGGAAGUGAGGUGUCAAUUCCACCAGUCGGAAGCAGAGUGUCAUUUCUACCAAUUGGGAACAAGGUAUCGAUUCCACUGAUUGGAAGCAAGGUGUCGAUUCCGCCGAUCAGAAGCAGUGUCAUUUCUACCAAUUGGAAACAAGGUGUCAAUUCUGCCAAUCCAAAGCGAGGUGUCGAUUCCGCUGAUCAGAAGUGGAGUGUCAUUUCUUCCAAUCGGAAACAAGGUGUCAAUUCCACCGAUCAGAAGUGAGGUGUCGAUUCCACCGAUCGAAAGCAGAGCUUCAUUUCCACCAAUUGUCAUUCUCAGAGUAGAAGGUGGAGCAUUGCUUCCUCAAAUCGUUGACCCCGCCAAUCAGAAUCGGAUCUGGAAUCCCAGCUCUUCCUUUGGACGGCUGCCACCGACCAGAAGCGGACCUGGAAUCCCAAGUGGACGGUCGGCGGCCCGUGCGUGAGGGGGAGGCCAGGGGGCGAUGCAGUCAGACGACCUCUUCAUCCGCAAGAUCCGACGCCACACGAACCGCCCGCCGCUCCCGUCCCUCUCCUUCGACACCUUCCGGACCAACAAGUCCUCCCCGGCGGGCGAGCGCCCAGUCGCGGGGCAUUACGGCCCCCCUCCGCUGAGGUCCCCCCGGCGCAGCUACCUCAUGCAUCGCAGCAACAGCGACGUGACGCUGAGCGAAGGGGAGCUCGCCGUCACCGCCCCGGCGGCCCCGAGUUCCCCCGGCGGCGGAUCCGGGUUCCUUCGUAACAGUAGCCCCAAUUCGUCAGUCAAGGGGUUGGCACCUCCUCGGGCCCGGGCGCACAGCCAUGAAGAACCCCGAGCCGGUAGCCCCACCGCCCGCCGUUUCCGGGACCCUUUGCUCCUCCUCGGACUGUCGACCAGCGAGGUUUGGGAGACCGAAACGGACGGAGAGGGGGCCGUUGUCCACCCCGUUCCCGAGGCGGCUGCCCCUGUCUGGGGCCGCCACUUGGCCCACUACGAUGUCCAGAGCAUCCUGUUUGAGCCGGGCGGAGUGGCCCGAGAGGCCGAAAAGCAGGGCAACGUCAGCACCGGGGCCUCGGCAGCUUCUCAGUCCCGCCUGGCGGACGCCGCUCACCUCUCCGAGGGCGACGCAGACGAGGAGACAGACGGGACCCUGGUGCUCAGCUGCCCCUGCUUCCGGGCGGAAUCCGGCGGUGAAUCUGAAUCCGGCAUCGGGCAACACCGGGGGUCCCUGGCGGGGUUCCACUGCCCGAACAUGGCGGUGUCGGUCCUGGAGGAACCACGCGAAAGCUACGGGCAGAGGACCAGCCGCGCCGGGCACGCCAUCGAAUACGCCGACCUGGGAGCCUGUUACUAUCGGAAGCAUUUCUACGGCAAAGAGCACCAGAAUUUCUUUGGGGUGGACGAUCAGUUGGGGGCGGUGGCCGUGUCCCUGCGGCGCGAGGAGAAAGAAGGCAGCACCGGACCCCAGUACAAUUACCGCCUCAUUGUACGGACAAGUCAGCUCCGAACCCUUCGGGGGUCCAUCCUGGAGGAGGCGCUCCCCCUCUCCGCCCGCCACGCCACCCCCCGUGGCAUCCCCCCGAAGAAGCUCCUGGAGCACGUGAUGCCCGAACUGAGCCUCCAGUGUCUCCGCUUGGCGUCCAGCUCCCCGAAGGUGCCGGAAACUUUGCUCAAGCUGGACGAACAAGGACUCAGUUUCCAGCGGAAAGUCGGCGUGCUCUACUGUAUGGCAGGGCAGGGUUCGGAAGAGGACAUGUACAACAACGAAGAAGGCGGCCCGGCCUUCCAGGAGUUCCUGGACCUCCUUGGAGAACGUGUGCGGCUGCGCGGCUUUGAGAAAUACCGGGCGCAGCUGGACACCAAGACCGAUUCCACGGGGAGCCACUCCCUCUACACCACGUACCAGGACUACGAGAUCAUGUUCCACGUCUCGACCAUGCUGCCCUACACCCCAAACAACCGUCAGCAGCUGCUGCGGAAGCGCCACAUCGGGAACGACAUCGUGACCAUCGUCUUCCAGGAGCCCGGAGCCCUUCCCUUCACGCCGCGCACCAUCCGCUCCCAUUUCCAGCACGUCUUUAUCGUGGUCAGGGCCCACGAAUCCUGCAACGGCAACACCACGUACAGCAUGGCGGUGAGCUGCACCAAGGACAUCCCUCCCUUCGGGCCCUUCAUCCCGGCGGAGAACGCCUUCCCGCACAGCCCCGCUUUCCGCGACCUGCUCCUGGCCAAGGUGGUCAACGCGGAGAACGCGGCCGAGCGCUCGGGGAAGUUCCACGCCAUGGCCACGCGCACGCGGCAGGAGUACCUGCGGGACCUGGCCCUGCACCACGCCACCACCAGCACCCUGGAGGCCUCCUCCUCCCGCCUGGCCCUCAUCGCCCUGGCCGCCAAGAAGCGAGAGAAGGCCAGGGCGCCCAAGGGGGCCGAGGCCCACAGCGCGGGGGCCCUGGUUUGGGGGGUCUGGGCCCGGGACGGCGGCCGCGGGGCCGAGGGCAAGACCCCGCCUGAGCUGCGCUGCCUCCUGGGCGUCUCCGCCGAGUUCCUGGUCCUCAUCGACGCCCGCGAGAAGAGGGUGGUCUUCAAUUGCUCCUGCCGCGACAUCCUCGCCUGGACCUUCUCGGAGAGCUGCACAUUGGAUCUCUACUACGAGACGGGGGACUACAUCUGCAUGCGGGUGGACGAGGGGCAGGCCAACGACAUCCGGGACAUCGUGCAUCGGCUGCAGUUGGUGACCCGGGGCUGCGAGACGCGGGAGCUGACCCUGCUGAGGAACGGCGUGGGCCAGCUGGGCUUCCAGAUGGACCACGAGGGCUUCGUGACUGAGGUUGAGCGCUUCACAUUUGCCGAAAAGGCCGGGCUCCAACCCGGGGCCCGCCUGGUGAGGGUCUGCGAGAGACCCCUGCCCAGCCUCAGCCACGCUCAGACCACGGAGCUCCUUCGCACCGCCAAGAAGGUCACCAUCACGGUCGUGCCUCCAGAUGAGAAUGGGAAACCCAGGAGAAGCUUUUCGGAGCUCUACCAAAAGUCCUUGCAAGAGAAGAGGAGGAGCGAGCCCCCGGCCGGAGACGCCGAGCUGACCAAGCCUGGCAGCGAAGCCGGGUUCAAGCCGGCCACCCUCCAGCUCCUACAUUCGCUCUCCCUUCAAGACGGACCUCCUCACAGCCUGGCGGAGGAGAGGACCGAGUUCCUACGCAGCCACAGCGACCGGACCCCCGGACCCCCCGACCCGAUGCCGUCCCAGGACGUCCCCGUCGUCCCCAGUCCACCCCCGGAUCUCAUCUUGGCCGCCACGUCCAAGGUUCCUCCGGACCAUGACGCCGACAAGCAAAGUUCGGACGCGAGUCAAGAAGUCAAAGGUGCCCUGACCCUCGGAGAGAAGCCCCCGCUCCCUUUGGAGGCCAGCGAAAGCGACAAAUUCCUCCCGCGGACCCUUUCCUUGCGCAACUCCAUCACCAAAAUCCUUUCCGAAGCCGGGGAAUCGCCGGAAGACGAGUGGGAAUCCAUCGCCAACUUGGCUUCAGCUUGCAACAGCAUCCUUGAGGCUCUUUCGAGGGAAGGGCAGCACAUACCGGAGAACCGGGAAUCCUUAUGCGCCACGGUGCAGAGAAGCACAACUCAACAACAACCCAACGAGGAUUCCCAAGAUGCUCUCAGCUUGGCCGAAAAAGUCUUGCAUUUGGAGUUGACGCUCAAGAAGCUGCAGGAAGAUCUUCAGAGGGAGAAAGCGGAGAAGGCGGCGCUGCAGGCGGAGGUGCAGAGCUUGCAGGAGAACACGCAGCGCCUGAAAGAGGCCUCCGAAACGGCCGCGGCGCAGCUCAGCCAGGUCACCCAAAUGCUGGGCGGACCCCCCACGCCGCCCCACUGCCCGUGAGGCCUCCUCCUCCUCCUCCGUGUCUUUCCGUGGCCCCAGGAAUCGCCGACUCGGCUCGGAGAUAGCAACAGAAACUUUGGACUGUUUAUGGGCUUCCGUUCCCGUCCUGUCCCAAAAACGUGCCGGACAUUUGGUGUUUUUGGGAACACCUUAUUUCGAGAUGCGGUUGGGGGAAAGGAGGCUGACAUUUGGGUCCAAAACAAAGGGUGAAGGUGAGAUCUUCCAGGCGGCAUUCAGUUCCCAAAUGGGACCUUCUUCGGCAUGUGCCCAAAUGGGACCUUCCUUGGUGUCCAAAUAGGACAUUUUCUGUGCCCAAAUGGGAUCUUCCUUUGUGCACAAAUGGGGCCUUGCACCAUGUCCAAAUGGGACCUUUUUGUGCCCAAAUAGGAAAUUUUCUGUGCCCAAAUGGGACCUUUUUCUGUGCACAAAUAGGGCAUUCCACCAUGUCCAAAUGGGACCUUUUCGUGUCCAAAUGGGACUUUUUUCUGUGCCCAAGUGGGACAUUUCUAUGUCCAAAUGGGAUCUUUUUUGUGCCCAAAUGGAACAUUACACCGUGUCCAAAUAGGACCUUCUUUUGUGUCCAAAUAGGUCAUUCUGACAUGUCCAAAUGGGACUUUUUUCUGUGCCCAAAUGGGAACUUCUUCUGUGCACAAAUAGGGCAUUCCACCAUGUCCAAAUGGGACCUUUUCUUGUGUCUGGAACCUUUUUUCUGUGCCCAAAUGGGACCUUCUUCUGUGCACAAAUAGGAGAUUCCACCAUGUCCAAAUGGGACCUUUUCAGUGCCCAAAUGGGACCUUUUUCUGUGCCCAAAUAGAACAUUCCACCAUGUCCAAAUGGGACCUUUUUGUAUCCAAAUGGGACCUUCCUUUGUGCCCAAAUAGGACAUUCCACCAUGUCCAAAUGAGACCUUUUUGUGCCCAAAUGGAACAUUACACCAUAUCCUAAUAGGACCUUCCUUUGUGCCCAAAUAGAACAUUCCACCAUGUCCAAAUGGGACCUUUUUGUGUCCAAAUGGGACCUUUUUCUGUACACAAAUUGGACCUUUUUCUGUGCCCAAAUGGGGUCUUCCUUUGUGCCCAAAUAGGACAUUUCUCCAUGUCCAAAUGGGACCUUUUCUGUGUCCAAAUGGAACAUUCCACCAUGUCCAAAUGGGACCUUUUUGUGUCCAAAUGGGACCUUUUUCUGUGCACAAAUUGGACCUUUUUCUGUGCCCAAAUGGGACCUUCUUUUGUGCUCAAAUAGGACAUUACGCCAUGUCCAAAUGAGACCUUUUUGUGCCCAAAUGGAACAUUACACCAUAUCCAAAUAGGACCUUCCUUUGUGCCCAAAUAGAACAUUCCACCAUGUCCAAAUGGGACCUUUUUGUGUCCAAAUGGGACCUUUUUCUGUGCACAAAUUGGACCCAUUUCUGUGCCCAAUUGGGUCUUCCUUUGUGCCCAAAUGGAACAUGACACCGUGCCCAAAAGGGACCCUUUCUGUGCCCAAAAGGGACCCUUUCUGUGCCCAAAACGGGGCCGCUCCCCGUGUCCAGACGGGACGUUCCUUGUGCCCACUUCCUUUGCGACCAACCGCCCCGUUUCCCUGGUCGCGUUUGCGCGCCACUUUGAAGCCGUAGGUCCCUCUUAGCUGUCAAUAGGGUUGGGUGGGUUGGAUAUGUCGGGUUGUUGUUGUGUUGUUGUUUCUACUGGAUUCAAGACGUCGGAGACCCUCGCCACGGAGGUCGGGAAGGGGUGGGGAUGGGACGGGCACGAUUCUUGAGGCAAUAACUGCAGACCAUCCUUGAAGUGAGAGAGCGGGGGUCAAGAUCCCAUAUAUCGGGGCAAGAGAAUAUGGGCAGCUCCUCUUCCGUCUCCUUUCCUCCCAAAUUAUGGCACUGAUUUGGGUUUUUUGCCCAGACCCAGAUACCUAAAUAACUGUGAAUACUUGUGAAAAACUGUGACCUCUUCUGCGGGAUGAAGGCGGGCAAACUAUUAUUAUUAUUAUUAUUUUCUGGUUCUUUGUCUCUCCUCUCGCGGUGCUGUCCCGUUUCCGACUCCUCGUAAAGGGCUCCAAAAGGUCAUCUAGUCCGAACCUAUUUGAGGAAGGAGAUCCUCAAAUCGAAGGUAGUCCGUCCCACUGUUUCUUAAAGAGCUUGCCCCGUCUUCCCAUAGAUAUCUCAGGAUAUAUGGGGCUUCCUCCUUCCUUGGGUCAUUCCUAAGCGCCCUGCACAUACUUCCCUACUCCUUCUUUCUGGGACCAAGGUCUCUCUCCCGUCCGUAUUUGAACUGAAUGUACAGACUUAGCAGAACCCUUCCUUGUGCAAUAAAGUCUUGGUCUGCAGCCAUA